AAAAAAAACUGCGGAAUAGUAAAGUCAAAUAAAAGUUAUAAAUAUUUAUUGGAUCACUUAGCGAUACUUCUUUGAAUAACAUAAAACGAUGAUCGCCUUAUGUUAGGGAAAGUGAGGUUUUUAGGGAAAAGGGAUGUAAAUUCAGAAUAGUGAGAAUGUUUAAAACAUUAAACAAAUUAAAUAUAUAAACUUGCAAUUCAUAUGGGCAACCAUAUGAUCUUUCUGAUUUUUCUACAAAAUUUCAAAAAUUAAAUACAACUCAUGGAAAGUGAUCCAGUAAUACACCGAACCCGACACAUAAUAUGUAUGGCUUCGGACUUCUUCUACCCGAACACAGGUGGUGUAGAAGAACACAUAUACAACCUAUCACAAUGUCUUAUUAAACGUGGUCAUAAAGUAAUUGUGAUAACUCACUGUUAUGGCGAAAGGGUUGGAAUACGGUACUUGACAAGUGGUCUUAAAGUAUAUUAUUUACCUAUCAAAGUAUUUUAUUCACAAUGUGCUUUGCCUACAAUGAUUUGUAACAUAGCCAUUGUUAGGUAUAUAUUAAUAAGAGAAUGCAUUGAAAUUGUGCAUGGCCAUUCUGCAUUUAGUGUAUUAGCCCAUGAAGUUUCCAUUAUUGGAAAGCUAAUGGGCUUAAAAACAGUAUUCACAGAUCACAGUCUAUUUGGAUUUGCCGAUAUGUCAGCAGUACUAACAAAUAAAUAUCUGCAGAUGUGUUUGUGUGAGUGUGAUCAUUGUAUUUGUGUGUCCCACACUGGCAAGGAGAACACUGUUCUGAGAGCAAAAGUAAGGGCCCACAAAGUGUCUGUUAUACCAAAUGCAGUUGAUGCAUACACAUUUACACCAGAUCCUAAAAAAAGAGAUUCUAAUGUUGUCACAAUUAUAAUAGUAUCAAGGCUUGUCUAUAGAAAAGGAGUGGAUUUGAUGGCAGCUGUUAUUACUGAUAUGUGUCCAAGGUAUCCUAACCUAAGGUUUAUAAUUGGGGGUGAUGGACCAAAAAUGUGGUUACUGCAAGAAGUCAGGGAGAGAAAAGGUUUCCAACACUGUGUAUCACUUCUUGGUAGUCUCAAGCAUUCUGAAGUGAGAGAUGUUUUAGUAAAGGGUGAUAUAUUUCUUAAUACAUCACUCACUGAGGCAUACUGUAUGGCCAUUGUGGAGGCCGCCUCAUGCGGUCUGAAGGUUGUUUCUACAAGUGUGGGUGGCAUACCUGAAGUGUUGCCAGAAAACAUGAUUUACUUGACAGAACCAAAUAUUGACAGCAUUGUCAAGGGUGUAGAGCUAGCUAUGAAUGAUUUGAAGAAUGGCAAAAUUGUUUGCCCAUUUGAAUGUAAUAGGAUGGUAAGAAAAAUGUACAACUGGAUGGACAUCUCAAGAAGAACAGAAAUAGUCUACAACAGAAUUUUAGUUAAUACUAACAAACCAUUGGGUUUACAACUUAGGAACUACUUAACUUGUGGUGUAUGGCCUUUUCUUUUAGUCAUAAGUUUAAUGUAUUUGUUAUUGCAGUUAGCUGAACGAGUUUAUAAGAGAAAAAAUAUAGACAUUGCUAAAGAUUUAAAAUUAUGACUAAACCAUCUAUGUGAUAGCAAUAUUGAAGCUAUUUAUAUUAAACCACUUACAAAUUAUCACAUAUCAAUUUUGAUGACCCCUAUAGCAUGUAGUAGGAGCAAUCAUUUAUUUGAUGAAUAUGAAUGUUUGUUUCAAAGUCAUGGAUGUUUAUUUGUAUUUAUAUUGUAUUAAAUAUAUCAUUGUCUUGCCGCCCAUAGUACAGGCUAUUGCUAGUUUGGGGCAAGAUAACUUGUGUAAGAGUGUUUCUAUAUCAAACUUGUUAGCUAUAUUGAGUAAAAAAAUAGAAUUAUUUUUUUCUGUUAA